GGCCCCUGGGGGGCCCCCUCGGGGGGGCCCUCGGGGGGGCCCCCAGGGGCCCCGCAGGGUACUGCGGGUUCUGGAAACUGGACCGGAGAGAGGGCUGGGGAGUGCUGCUGAGGGGCCCCUGCAGCAAAUACGAAGGCCAGUGGGCGGGGGGCCUCCGGCAGGGGCUGGGGGUGCAGGCGCUGGCCCAGGGCUGCCGCUACGUGGGCCAGUUCCACAGGGGGCAGAAGCACGGCCGCGGCGUGCUGCUGUACCCUGGGGGGAUGAUCUACUCUGGGGAGUGGGAUCGGGGCCGUUUGCUGCGGCAGGAGUUGCUGAUAUCUUCUCGCCAGUUGCUGCCUCCUCGGCCUUGGAAAAAUAAAAGAAAAAGCGAAAAAAUCCGCCAAAAAACGACCCCGCUGCUGCUGCUGCAGCAGCAGCAGCAGCAGCAGCAGCAGCAGCAGGGCGCGCGCGCGAGCGCGCGGCUGCGCGCGCGGUCCGCGGCCGUGCGGCGCGCCGCUGCUGCAGUGGGCAUCACCAGCAGCAGCAGCAGCAGCAGCAGCAGCGAAGGCAGCGGCUCGGGAGAAGACAUCGGGAUGGAGCAGCGGCUGACGCAGCAAAUGGAAGCGCUGCGGCAGUUUUCUGCUGCUGCUGCAGUGCGGCACUGGGGGCAGCAGCACGUGCAGUGUUUGCUGCGCAGCGCGGGCUGCCCGGAGAGUCUGCUGCUGCUGCUGCAGCAGCAGCAAAUCGACGGGCCCGCGCUGCUGGCCCUCACCGACGCAGACCUCCAAGACAUCGGAGUCCGCAGCUGGGAGCAGCGGCGGCUGCUGCUGCUGCUGGUGGACUUGCUGCUGAAGCUGCGCCACCGCCAGCGGCUCAGGGGCCUCUACAGAAGCAGCAGCAGCAACUUGCUGCAGCAAAUCCUCAUUCCAGCAGCAGAAAUCGACAUAGAGGGCCCCAUAGGGGAGGGGGGGUACAGCAGAGUUUUCAAGGCCACUUGGCGCUACACCAGGAGCCUCGACGCGCAGCACCGCCUCGCCCAGGUCCGCGGCCAGCAGCAGCAGCAGCAGCAGCAGCAGCAGCAGCAGCAGCAGCAGCAGCGCCUCCAGCGCCAGCAGCGCCAGCUCUGCGUCCCCGCCCUCAACGCCGACGGCCUCGCCGGCUUCCCCCCAGCUCCCCGCCGCCCCCCGCAACCCGGGGCCCCCCCGGGGGCCCCCCCGGGGGCCCCCC